AUGUGGUGAGUACUGAGCUUUGGAGACACUGAGCAGGGUCCUCACUGGCGCACCUUGGCUCAGCCAGACUGAACACUGCAUUUCCAGUGAGUCACAGAACAGGCCACGGAUGCCUCUGUCGUAGACAGUGACUGACACAACCUGAAAGUGUUCUGAAGAUCAUUGUUAGAGACAGAACAUAGAUCUGUGGAACACCAGCUGUGUUCUUACAAAAACUGGCUCAGGUGUGGUGUUGUGCUUCACCUUGAAUUGUCUAAUCAUAAGACUCAAUAAUGUAGGAAUUUUGGACUCUGAACUAGUUCCUUGCAGGUUUAAUGAAAGACUAAUCAACUGAAGUUUAAUGGUUAUUUUUGUUCUCAGUAACAGAUAUUGGAGAAGUUGGUGUUCAAACCUCACCAUGAGCCACAGAAGCUUGAAUAAAAUACAUUUUAAUUUAGUACGAGAAUAAAGGUACUAAAGAGAAAGGUAGGUAGCAAAUUGAACCUAAUAGCUUUUUUUUGAUCGUGAGUCAUUGUUUUAUUACUUCUGAGCCAUGGGGGUGACAGCACUGGUCACAGGAGAGGCUUGUGUAGCCCAGCAGCCCAUCUGGCAGCACAAGUGCCUGGGUGAAUGGAAGGACAGGACAAAUGAAGGAAUUGUGCUCCCAUGCAGGGCAUUCUUUAGUGCCAACUGACUGGCUUUGACUUUUUGAGUAGAGUCUUUCCUUAUUUUUCUUUCCCAAAGGGCCCAUCCAAGUUGUGACUGCUGCUGUGGAAGCACUGAGUGUCAUCCAUAGGACAAACGUCACAAUGUGGGCUGCUUCCAGUAGAUCAAAAAGGACCCUUCAGGUUUUUACCAGUUCUAGCAAUGCCCUGAGGGAGAAAAGUAAUAUGUUUUCUGGGAAAAUAAUGCCAGUUAGUAUAAGUGCUUCCAAGUUAGUUCUGCAGAAAGGUCUAGAUGGCAGUAAAUGUCCCCUGGAUGACUGUCUCACAGUGGAGGACUUGGAAGUUAUCAGGUAGAGUGAGGGUGUGAAAACUCACAGGGAAGUGAUUACUCAAAAGACUGAUGGGUCACAAGUUAAACCAUAAUAGAUUAAUGCAGGUCUGUUUGUGCUCCUCUCUAGGUGUAGGAAGUGCUGGUGAGUUGGAAAUGGUUGUGAAGUAGCUCUGAGAACAGUGAGGUCAGAGUCCUCACUGAAGCUAAAGCUAUUUGUCCUGUACUUCUUUUCCUUACCAAGGAUUUGGCAACAUUUCAUUUCACUACAUAUCAGAUCUGCUGUAAUAAAUGGAGGAUACAAUCUUAACUCAGUUCUUUGGGAGCGGUAGCCCCCGAGAAUGGCCUGGGAAUGCUGGGAUGACAGGGGCAGUAGUUGGAGCAUUGUUGUAGCUCAUGGAGCCAGGAAGAGCACUGUCACCUAUCUGCUGCUGCAAGAGAGAGGAGCUUCUCAGGUGCACACAGGUCUCUGAUGUAUAAACGAGGGCCACAGAUACAAGUUUGAAGCAAAAGCAGCUGUAGCUGCACUAGGGGUCACAGUAGGCCAGGACUUGUGAAAUGGAAUCCAUAAAUGUGCUUUAUUAGCCUUGGUUUAACCUCAGUUUGUUCUGUGGUGACAGUGUGUUGGGCUGUGCUGAAGCAGCUGUUGCAGACAGAUGUCCUGGAGCACUGAACUCAGACAGCAACAAGCUGAGGCAGUGCCACUUCAAGCUGUUUCAGCUGAGAAUUUUCUGGUUUUGCAGAAAAGCAAAACUAUCAAUAAAUUACAAGAGUUGCUCCUCGGGUGCUAGGAUGGUCAUUUCUGUAAAAGAAGUGACCCAGUGCCUGCAUAGUCACACUUGCCUGUUAUCCAAAAGAAAGGUUGGCUCUAACACAGCCAGAGGUGGCAGGUUCAGGCUUGUGGGAUUCCCUUGUGUGUGUGCUGCAGGCAGAUCCAUACACCACAAACCAGCAGCAGGAUGAGGCAGGCUCAGCACAGCAGCCUGUACAGCCUCUAGCACACGUAGUCCAGGGAAGCAGAUGGUAAUUCUCCAAACCUGAGGCUCCAAAGCUGACCGUACUCCUCCAGGCACCAGCCUCCACCCUUGGUGUGUAAGGACUUCCUGUGCCUAAUACUGGGUGAGCAGUUGCUGUUCCUCCACCAACGGGUCCCUGCCAGCUAAAUGGGUUCUUUUCAGAAAAGACAGCUGUGUGUUUCUCACUGUGUAAGGCUGUGUAUUACAAACAGGGUGGGAGCUGGGGAGGGAUACAACAGCCCCCAGCUCCUUCAGUGCAGGAGUCCCUCACUGUGUGCUGUGACCAAGGAAACACAGCUCCCAUGGCAAGGAGGGUGGUGGAAUAUCCCUCUGAGGGGGGACCCUGUACUGCUCCUGACAACACAGGGCCCCUUAGGAAGCACAAGUGGUGAUGUGCCCUGCUCCUCACUGCCAGAAUUAGUCACUCUUCUUUCAAGAGGAUCCCACUGCCACAUAUCUUCACAAGCCCAUUCUCCUUCACAAAUGCACUGACACGACCAUUCCAGCCUGCCCUGCCUGAUCACUGAGGUUUCAGUGUCUGGGAGUAAGAACCUGCCGUGGCACUGCCCCCCCUGUCACUGUGACAGUUAUUUGCACUAGGGGAGGGUGAUCAGGUGCCUCCCCAUGAGGACAGGCUGAGAAUAAAGCGAUCCAGAGAAACACUGUGGGCUGCACAAAGACUGACUGAUGAGUAGUCCUCCCAGGCUCACUCUUAGGGAGAUGUGAUUUGCUCAGGAUGUGCCAGUGUGAUGUGUGUACCUGAGCAGGAGAUUCCCCCUGUCGGCACAGAAACCCCACCAAACAAGGUGUGUUCCCCCACCAUACAAGCAUACUGGCAUCACCCCUUAUGGCUGUAGUGGUGUCUGCUGAAAGGCUUCCUUUUCUCUCCAAAGUACAGAAAACUCUGUUUGUUCAUGUCUCUGCUGUGCUGCUACACGUUUUUCCUGGCUAUGCCUAAAUCCUGUGUCACAUUUACCCUCAUUAGCGAAAUCAUUGGUUUCCAAGACAGGUCAAUCCACCCUUGGGGUGUCAGCCCUCCACUGCCCCCCUCCUGGCAUUCCAGGCCCUGUUGUGUGCAGCACGUGGGAUCCAAGAGCAGGCUAGGUAGCAGGGGAAAUUUGGCUGGUAGGAUGUUUACAGUGCCAUUCUUUCAUCUCUGGACCUAUUCUCCCUGCAGUUACUGGGUUUCCCCUGAUGGCAUUACCUGUUCCAUAGAACAGAUGUGAUUCCAUUUGAUUCUGGAGUACCUUGAGUACUCCAAUUCACACCCUUGCACCAAAGCAAGAUCCCUCCUUUCACCAAACUCCUUUUGGACCUGGGAAUGGCUCUUCUCUGGUAAUUCUGUCCCCUGUAAAUCAGAUGCUUCUGCUCUUGCCCUUCUUUGCCCCAGUUACACUCAAAUUUCUCAGGUCUGAAAGUUUAGCUGAACCUGUCACUUCCAAACUCCUCUCAGGCCAGCUGCUUUUCAUUUAGAGCAAAGUGGAAUCAUCAGCCACAGGUGUGUACUUGUCCUGCUUCUUGAGGGCUGUAACUGAGGCAGGGUAGGUCCUGCUGCCUCUGCUAUAUAACCGGCCCCACAGCACUUACUGGCUGUUCUGUUGGAGGCCAAGAUGAGCCCAGAACCUUUGAAAAAACAUGGUCAUGCUGCUGCUUCUGGGGAAAAAAGAUCUAAAAGGAAGCCAAAGAGAAAGGAAGCAUUUUCAGUCUAUAUUUACAAAGUACUGAAGCAGGUGCACCCCGACCUCGCCAUCUCCUCCAAGGCCAUGAGCAUCAUGAACUCCUUUGUGAACGACAUGCUGGAGCGGCUGGCGGCGGAGGCCUCGCGCCUGGCGCAGUACGGGCGCCGCGCCACGCUCACCAGCCGCGAGGUGCAGGCGGCCGCGCGCCUGCUGCUGCCCGGGGAGCUGGCCAAGCACGCUGUCUCCGAGGGCACCAAGGCUGUCACCAAGUACACCAGCAGCAAGUGA